CUAUAAACUAAUGAGAGAAACACAUCACUUUUCUUGAGUCCAGCUCACCCAAUAGGCUCUGAGAACCUGUGUCAGCCAAUGGCGUGCGUCGAAGAAGGGAGUCUCGACCAAUAAGCAGUGAGUAGAGUUGUUAUAACUGACCAAUGGGGCAUUGGAAGCAUUGUGUGACCGAAGCAGGGUCUGCCGGGCUCAUUUCGCCGCUUCACCACCCGGCUGGUUCUUUUUGGAUCUCACUGCAAUGGCGGAACAGCAGCAGUUCUACCUCUUGCUGGGCAACCUGAUGAGCCCUGACAACAGCAUCAGGAAACAAUCAGAGGAGACCUAUGACACCAUCCCGGGUCAGAACAAGAUCACAUUCCUGCUGCAGGCCAUCAGAGAUGCAGCCGCUGCAGAGGAGGUCAAACAGAUGGCGGCGGUGCUGCUGCGGCGGCUGCUGUCGUCGUCCUUCGAGGAGAUCUACCCGGGCCUGACGGUGGAGAUGCAGACGGCCAUCAAGACGGAGCUGCUGACCAGCAUCCAGCAGGAGAACACGCCCAACAUCCGCAAGAAGGUGUGCGACAUCGCCGCCGAGCUCUGCCGCAACCUCAUCGACGACGAUGGGAACAAUCAGUGGCCAGAGCUGCUGAAGUUCCUCUUCGACUCUGUGAACUCAGAAAAGGUCACCCUCCGAGAAGCCGCCCUGCACAUAUUCUGGAACUUCCCCGGGAUCUUUGGGAACCAGCAGCAGCAUUACAUGGAGGUCAUCAAGCGCAUGCUGGUGCAGUGCAUGCAGGACCAGGCCAACCCUCAUAUUCGUACCCUGGCUGCUCGGGCUGCGGCGUCCUUCGUCCUCUCCAAUGAAAGCAACUCGGCGCUCCUGAAGCACUUCGCAGACCUCCUGCCGGGAAUCCUGCAGGCGGUGAACGAGUCCUGCUACCAGGGGGACGACUCUGUGCUCAAGUCUUUGGUGGAGAUUGCCGACACAGCUCCCAAAUACCUGAGACCCAACCUGGAGCCGACGCUGCAGCUGUGUCUCAAGCUCUGUGCAGACACCAACCUCACAAACAUGCAGAGGCAGCUCGCCCUGGAGGUCAUCGUCACUUUGUCGGAGACCGCGGCUGCCAUGCUGAGGAAACACACCUCCAUCGUGGCUGAGAGCGUGCCGCAGAUGUUGGCAAUGAUGGUGGACCUGGAGGACGACGACGAGUGGGCCAUGGCGGACGAGCUGGAGGAUGACGACUUCGACAGCAACGCCGUAGCCGGGGAGAGCGCUCUGGACAGAAUCGCCUGUGGUCUGGGAGGAAAAAUCAUUCUGCCAAUGAUCAAACAACACAUCAUGACCAUGCUGCAGAACCCUGACUGGAAGUACCGCCACGCCGGGCUCAUGGCGCUCUCUGCCAUCGGGGAGGGCUGCCACCAGCAGAUGGAAGCCAUCCUGCAGGAGAUCGUCAGCUUCGUCCUCCUCUUCUGCUCCGACCCUCACCCCAGAGUCCGCUACGCCGCCUGCAACGCCAUCGGGCAGAUGGCCACAGACUUCGCCCCGACCUUCCAGAAGAAGUUCCACGACAAGGUGAUCUCCGCCCUCCUGCAGACCAUGGAGGACCAGAGUAACCCUCGGGUGCAGGCUCACGCUGCAGCUGCUCUCAUCAACUUCACAGAGGACUGUCCCAAAACUCUGCUGAUCCCGUAUCUGGACAGCCUGGUGCAGCACCUCCACGUCAUCAUGGUGGCCAAGCUGCAGGAGCUGAUACAAAAAGGCACCAAACUGGUCCUGGAGCAGGUGGUGACCUCCAUUGCCUCAGUGGCCGACACGGCGGAGGAGAAGUUUGUGCCGUACUACGACCUGUUCAUGCCGUCGCUCAAACACAUCGUGGAGAACGCCGUGCAGAAGGAGCUCCGGCUGCUGCGAGGGAAAACCAUUGAGUGCAUCAGUCUGAUCGGACUCGCCGUCGGAAAGGAGAAGUUCAUGCCCGACGCCUCGGCCGUCAUGCAGCUGCUCCUCAAAACUCAGACGGACUUCAACGACCUGGAGGACGACGACCCUCAGAUCUCGUACAUGAUCUCUGCCUGGGCCAGGAUGUGUAAGAUCCUGGGGAAGGAGUUCCAGCAGUACCUGCCUGUGGUGAUGGGUCCGCUGAUGAAGACGGCCUCCAUCAAGCCAGAGGUGGCCCUGCUGGACACUCAGGACAUGGAGAACAUAUCAGAGGACGACGGCUGGGAGUUUGUGAAUCUCGGAGACCAGCAGAGUUUUGGAAUCAAGACGGCUGGGCUGGAGGAGAAGGCCACGGCGUGCCAGAUGCUGGUGUGCUACGCCAAAGAGCUGAAGGAGGGCUUCGUGGAGUACACGGAGCAGGUGGUGAAGCUGAUGGUUCCUCUGCUCAAGUUCUACUUCCAUGAUGGUGUUCGAGUGGCCGCCGCUGAGUCCAUGCCUCUGCUGCUGGAGUGUGCGAGAGUCAGAGGCCCGGAGUACCUGACCCAGAUGUGGCACUUCAUGUGCGACGCUCUCAUCAAGUCCAUCGGCACCGAGCCCGACUCGGACGUCCUCUCUGAGAUCAUGCACUCGUUCGCCAAGUGCAUCGAGCUGAUGGGGGACGGCUGCCUCAACAACGAGCAUUUCGACGAGCUGAGCGGCAUCUUGAAGGGGAAACUGGAGGAGCACUUUAAGAACCAGGAGCUCCGACAGGCGAAGCGACAGGAUGAGGACUACGACGAGCAGGUGGAGGAGACGCUACAAGACGAGGAUGAGAACGACGUGUACAUCCUCACCAAAGUGUCCGACAUUCUGCACUCGGUGUUCAGCAGCUACAAAGAAAAGGUGCUGCCGUGGUUCGAACAGCUGCUGCAGCUCAUCGUCCAGCUCAUUUGUCCCAACAGGCCGUGGGCAGACAGGCAGUGGGGUCUGUGCAUCUUCGACGACGUGGUGGAGCACUGCAGCCCCUCCUCCUUCAAAUACGCUGAGUACUUCCUGCGGCCGAUGCUGCAGUCGCUGUGUGACACGAGCCCCGAGGUCCGGCAGGCCGCCGCGUAUGGUGUUGGCGUCAUGGCGCAGAAUGGAGGAGAGAGCUACCGCCCGUUCUGCACAGAGGCGAUCCCCAUGCUGGUCCAGGUCAUCCAGGCGGCCGACUCACGCUCCAAAGAGAACGUCAACGCCACGGAGAACUGCAUCUCUGCCGUCGGUAAGGUCAUGAGGUUCAGACCCGAGUGCGUCAACGUCAACGAGAUCCUCCCGCACUGGCUCAGCUGGCUGCCGCUCAACGAGGACAAAGAGGAGGCGGUGCACACCUUCGACUUCCUGUGUGACCUCAUCGAAAGCAACAACCCCAUCGUCCUCGGUCCGGACAACGCCAACCUGCCCAAGAUCUUCCUCAUCAUCGCAGACGGAGUGGCCAACGAAUCGGUGAAGAGUGAAGACGCGUGCAGCAAACGGCUCGCCAACGUCAUCCGUCAAGUCCAGGUCUCGGCAGGAUUGUGGACGCAGUGUGUAUCGACACUGAACGAGACGCAGCAGAGAGCCAUACAGGACCUACUGAACACUGCCUGAGCCUGUACCCCCGUCACCUCCCUGCUCUAAAACAUAAAAUAAAGCCCAUGAAGAAGAAAAGCCGAGUUCUCGGACCUCCUGCAUACACUCCCUGUCCUCCCUCUCGCUCUGAUCUGUAGUGUGUAUGGACGCCGGCUUCACCCCAUCACCGCCCCCCCAACCCUGAUAUCAAACAACCCCACGUACGCCGGGGGGGAGCAGGGCGGAUAUUUACGACGACGGAGGACUUUCAAAGACUUUCACCCUGAAUCAAGGCGGGCGGAUGGCGAGAGGAUCCACGUCCCCCGUUCUUUAAUGUGUCUUCUAUCUGGACGUUUUGUUUCCAACCAUUCCCUGAUGACAGUCUAGGACUCCACGCCACCCCGGACGCACACUCAUCGGACAGUCGGGCUCAGUAAGGGGGGGGGGGGGAGUGGGGGAAACGGGGACAUUUGAAUGGACUGAUGGAUUGAACGAGGUGAAAUGCACACUGGGCGAUCACUGCCUGUCUCCUGUGAAUUCUUUUCUUUUUUUUUUUGUAUUUUUAUUUGAUUCUCUUGUUCAGUGUUCCCAGUGUUACCUGGUUUGGGGGGGGACGGCCUCCGCUCUGAGGGUUUGUCUCUACAGUAACGGCAUGUUAAGUGGCUAACUCUAGAACAUAUACAUAGUUAGGAAAUGUACAUCCUGGUCGUCUGGGAGAUUUACGCAGCUUUUUUUCCUCCAUAGCCUUCCAGAAGAGUUUCUGAAUGUUCGCUGAACGGUUGUCAGCCCUUUAGGUAGCAUCGUACAUCGGGGGGAGGAGGGGCUCUCAGAUCAGAGCAAUAAUCUGUCAGGAGUCACGUGACACGUCAGAGGGACUUGAGAUGUAGAGUUUAUGUAAAACGCGUGCUACCAUACUCUUAACUUUACGGUUUGACCCUUUGCAGUCCUGCAGGUUUGUGAUGGAACUCCAGAAAAUACCAACAAUAAAAAUUCCAUUUCAGAAAAACCCAGA